AUGGCGGCUCCAUCCUUCGCUGCUGGUUUAUGGUCAUAUGCUAAGGAGGAGCGUAAGAGAAUAUGUGCGACCAUCGCUCACCUCACUUCGGCGGUAGCUGUGUUACGAGAGGAGUUUAUGCAGAAUCCGAAGGACCAAGCGCUGAAAGAGAGGUUGAGGAAGCGGGAGCAGCAACUCAAGGAGUACUUCGCAGGUCGGAGAGAAAGGAUGAGUACCAUGGCCGGGAUGGAGUUGGCGUUGUCCGGAGAGAUUCCGUCGCCUCACUUGUCGGCGCGGAUCAAGACGCGGAAGUCCAGGACUCAAAUUACAGAAGUUGCAGUUCCGGGUGGGAUGGUUUCGGAGCCGAAGCGGAUACUGGAAGCAGCGUCAGACUACUUUCGUAGUCUUUUUGGGGAAGACAAGCGUACGGUGAUCUCUGACUGGUGUUCUGCUGCUGGGAGGAAGCUGAUGUACUCUGAUGUCGAAAUGCUGCAGGAAGAGUGGACGGAAAAGGAGGUCAGAGCCGUGUCGCAUGAGAUGGCGUGCAACAAAACGCUAGGAAAGGAUGGCUUACCAAAGGAAGUGUUCGAACUGCAUUGGGAUGUGCUUGGAAAGCACGUCAUGGGGCUGGUACGGGAGUUCAGCCUCACUUCUUCACUUCCCACCAGUGUCAAGGAUGCGGUGACGAUUCUUUUGCACAAGAAGGGAGCGAAGGAGCAGUUAGAGAACUAUCGUCCCAUUACACUGCUGAACGUCAGUUACAAGUUGCUAGCGCGAGUCCUGGCGAGCAGGAUGAAAAAGGUCUUGCAUAAGGUGAUCUCGCGGGAGCAGUAUGGGUUUAUCCCGGGAAGGCGUAUUUCUGAUGCGGUGGGGCUGGAUGCCGAUGUCAUCGAUGCGGCUAAGAAUGGGAACGAAGAUUGGUAUAUGCUGCUCGUGUUAGAGAUUAAGGACUGA